GAGCGUAUCAUGUCAUCCAUACCGCGUGUGGUGGAUAGUGAAACGGGAACUGACACCCGCUGAAUGUUGGAGUACCCAUUUCCUCAGCAGUUCCAUAAUGCACUGGUUUGGAUACGCCCACUGAGCAUGUUGAGAUGGUGGUAGAGAUACACAAUUUUUUGAAUGAGAGAGCUUGGGGAGAAGUGUUGAAGCGGGAGAAGGGGCUCGCACAGUGCGUUGUAUGCUUGUUAUGCCGAUUAUAAUUUUUUACCUCUCAGGGAGGGUGACGAGGGACCGUAUCUUGCUCGCUUUAUGGGACGUCCGGGCGAGAUGUCGCCAAAGGCAAGGUUCUGGAUGUUGGCUGGCUGGUUACUUCUUUCUAGAUUCAACACUGAGCCUCCAUUCGAUCGCCAUGAUUGGAUAGUAUGGCAUCCGCGCGACGGAACAGAGAUUCGCUAUCGUGUCGCAGUGUGCAUGGUCGACAUAUGGGAGGAGCUUCGCGAGAAAGGGCGGAGGGGAAGUGAACACGGGGGUAAGCCAUAGGCAAGGUCGUAGGAGGUUAUGGAGCACGCGCGCUCUACUUUCCCAAUUCUGGAUCGGUCGUUCGACUGUCAAUAAUCAUCUUGUUUUGAGUAAGCUAAUGAACACCUCUC